AUGUUUACUAGUAUUCCCAGAGACGCAGCUGGGCUGCCUGCGAACAAUGCCAUCAAGCCAGUUAUUGAACCAACUUACCUGCUUUCCACCUCGGGCGAAUUUCACCGUACGCUCCGCUGUCGGACCCCUGGAACAUGCGACUGGGUGUUCGAUACACCGGAAUACAGAUCUUGGCACGGGGAGGAACAGAACAGGAAUCUACAUAUCCACGGUCCGCUCGGUACUGGAAAAAGUGUGCUCGCCGCGUCAGUCGUAAACCACCUCCAAGAGACUGAACAGGAUGUUCCAUUUUUCCAUUUCUUUUGCCCUCAAGAGCAUCAGAAACCCCUGUUUUCCAGUGGAAAUAUCUCGCAACAGCCUCUGGCAUCAUCGCUCAUUUUCAGUUGGUUAGCCCAAGGGUUCAAGUGGUCGAAAGACCUGGAAAGCAAAGUCCAGGCUCUGGCUAAGGAGCCCUUCGUGGCCGCUCUUAGACGUGAAGGGUGGAGCUGGAGCCAACUCCGCUCUGUGGGCCUACCAAAUCUGUGGGAACUUUUGAUCGACGCCUUCAAAGACUCGCCGAAGCUAUACUUCGCUAUUGAUGACGUGGAUGCUUUCAAAGACCCAGAAGACGCGAAGUUUUUGCAGUUGCUAUUCAGCUGGAAAGAAGUUCACCCCGGAAGAAUAAAGUUAUUGGUCACAAGCAGCAGUACCGCAGCCCUCGCGAAUGAUAUCUGCCUGACCACCGUGAAUGACAAUGUACUGCAAGAUAUUCGGACCUAUGUUGACCAGCAGCUCGAGUCAUUUCCUCCACGAGAGGGAAAAGAGACCAAAGCUUUAAUACGGCAAAGGCUGAGGGGAACGUCGUUUCUCUAUUCUAAAAUCGCCUUGAUUUGUCUGAAUCACGGGAAUGACACCGAUGCGUUGACUGAAGUACUAGAUCACUCAAGCCCGGAUCUGUAUGGCUUGUAUAAUCAUAUCUUGAAGAGCUGUACUCUUGUUUCAAUUGAUAUUCCAGAGUAUCGCAGAACUGUACUGGCUUUAUUGCUGUAUAGUGGAUUUCGGUUGCGCCGUCUGCAGAUUAAGCUCGCUCUCGAGGUAUUAUAUGGACCUGAAGCCCAAAACCAGGAUUUGAUUCGAUCAGCAUUUGGACCGUUGCUGGAAUUCAACGAUGAUGAAACCUUCUCCUUAGUCCACGGAUCAUUCACCCAUUUCGCCCAUGAUAAGGAUCGCAGUCCGCAGAGUCAAGCACUUCUCCCCGUCAUCUCAUCAACUGAUGCACAUAAUAUUCUCGGGAUUAUAUCUCUGCGGUGCAUGCUAGAAGAUCACUUUAAAGGGAAGCAGAUGGAAGAUCUUCCAAACAAUCGGCAUGAUUUUUGGGAAGUUGCCAGUAGGUGCAUGCCGCUAUUCAGCUAUGCUGCAUCUACCUGGUUCCUUCAUGCUAGAGAGCUUCCCGAGAUCACCGGCGAACUUCAAGAUCUCCUACUCCAGUGGGUGAAUAAAAGAAAGAAAAGCUUCGUGCUUUGGAUUCGGGAAUUAUGCAGGCCGCGUCGUACUUUCAGCAGGUCUAACGAUGACUUUCUACAGUCCGUCAAUCUUCUCCAUAUCGCGGCCUGGUCUGGAAGUGUAUCGAUGAUUCAACUCGCCAGAGAUCAGGAAUUGUUUUACGAUGACACCAUGAGCGACGGGACAUCGGCUUUGGCUAUUGCAGUAAGCCAUGGUCAUCACGACGUGGUUAAGUUUCUUCUUGACCACAAAGUGAAGAUAGACAUGAUCGACCAAGAUCGAAAAAGUCCACUUGAUCAAGCAGCCUUGCAUAAUCAUGUCCAAAUUGCCCGUCUUUUGCUGGAGGCCGGUGCCUCAGUUAAUGUUGAGGACAAGACGAACAUAGCUGACGGAUCUCAACCAGUCCUUACCCGUCGUCAAUCAGUAUUCGCCAACGCUCGUGCGAUAGAAGUUGCCCGGGAACUUAUUUUACUUGUGAAUGAUGGAAGAGAAAUUGACAGGGCCCUCGACAAUGCUGCGUCUCAAGGCAAAAUCGACUGGAUUGAUUUGAUAUUGACUUCGCCCCUGGCGAAUGUUGAUGGCACAGGUAGCGACACUCCGCUAUUCCGCGCUGGUCUUGAUCAUCACGUGGAAGCCAUCAAACUACUCCUGGAAAGAGGUGCAGAUCCAAACAAAAGAUCUGUGGGAGUCCGUUCUCAUGGAUGUAUUAUUGUUGGGUCGCCUAUCAAGGUCGAUUUAUCUGGACCACUUCAUGCUGUUUCUGGAUUUAACACUGUUGGUUUGCCUAACCAUUACAGUAUUGACGAAAGAAGACUGGAAAUAUCAAGAGAAUGCGCUCAAAUUUUGAUUGACGCAGGUGCCGAUGUGCAAGCCAGGGGAUUACGUGGUGACACGCCUCUUCAUCUGAGUGUUUCCAGAAAUCUUUCUUCUGUGGUGGAAGUGCUCUUACAACAUGGCGCAGACCUCUUCAUGUUGAAUGAUAAAGGAAUGACGCCAUGUGAUAUGAUCAACCUAUCUGAAACAUCGGUGCCCAUGAUCAAAUUUCUAAUAAGACACGGCUUGAGAUUAGAUGAGGGCCACAAAGUUAGCGGAAAGGUCCCGUUUCACUCGAUUCUUUGCGGUGGUGGCGGCAGAAAGAGUUCCAAAGCAAGCCUCUUGUUGCCUUUUAUAAAUAAUUGGAACGUGUCGGACAAUGACGGGAAUACCAUAUUGCAUCGUGUAAUGGCAGCUCAUUUCAGGAACGGCAACCUCAUUGCAAAGCUGAUCCGUCUUGGGGUGGAUCCGCGACGAAAAAACAAGUCUGAUCAGGAGCCACUGCAUCUCUUGACUCAAAAUUACUCGAUAUUCGGGGAAAAGGCGGAAGAAGUUGUCAAGAUACUCCUAGACGCUGGAGCGGAUCUUGAAGCCACAGAUGACCAAAACCGCACCCCAUUGCAUCACCUCAUUAUAGGAAACACCAACAAACCUCACUCGAUAAUUCAAUUCAUUGAGAAGUUUGGAGCUGAUUUCAAAGCUAUCGAUAAAAACGGGAAUGGUGCCAUGCAUCUAUUUAUGCAAGGGAAACCUUCCGAUCCUAUAUUCACGGAGUUGCUGAAUCUGGGAGUGGAUAUUUUGGGUGUAAAUUACGGCGGAGAAAAUCUGAUGCACAUUUUGAUGAGAUCCGAGUCCGUCAAACAGUCUUCUCCAAUCCCCGACCAAAUAAUUCAGCGACUUUCCGAUGAAGGCGUGUCCAGCACACAUCAGGAUGAACAAGGAAACACUCCUUUGCAUUUGCUCUGUCAGCAGAAUAUGAGCUGCGCUUGUGGUUCAGGGCCACCCAUUAGCUCAGCAGGAACAUUUAUGCUCGACUUAGAUGAUGGGAAGGCCAUUGAGGUAAAGAAUAACGAUGGUCUACGGCCGCUUCAACUUGCCGUGGCUACAAGUGCCAUCCUUAGCGAGAGACUCAUCUUUAAAGGCGCCUCUACGAUAGCCCAAACAAAACAAAAACAGAAUCUUCUCCACCUUGCGAUAUCUGCUAGACAAUCUAACAUCGUCGAACUCCUUCUGGAUCAUUACACAGAGACAGGAAGCCUCGAUGUCGUCUUAGAUCAACGCGACGAAAAAGGGCAUACGCCACUGCAUACAGCCUGCGAAGCCAUCUGUAAGGAGGCUAUUCCGCUACUCCUGAAAGCUGGUGCAAGUCUUGAAAUCAGGGAUGACGCCGGCCUCACGCCACUGGAACUGUCAAAUGAGAUGCUUCGAGUUAGCCGAACAUCUAACUCUAGAGAUUCGCCACGUAAAGGUACUCCGCGGCCCUGGUAUGGCCCGGCUAAGCGAGGUGGCCAGAUGAUGGAGAUAAUCUGCCUCCUUGCACAAGCUCAGGGAAGACCACUACCACUUGGCGGGGACUACGAAAUCAGCCCCGAAAAACCCCCACGCCUGAAGAAAUCCCCAUAUUUGACUGCAUUGCACAUGGGGGAAUACAAGGCCUUUGAAAAAUGCAUUGAGUCAGGGGUCGAUUUUGGACCUAACAAAAGGAAAGGAAAUGAGGAUCUUCUUUCCGUACUGGCCAAAAGCGGAUACAGUAUCCUGUUUAAUCUGAUCGCGCAGUCACUUCAGGAUCCUAGCUGGCCCAAUGGUUCCGACGUUGUGUCCCCGUAUUUGAUGUCAGCCGUUUCCCGGGAGAAGCCCAAUAUGCCAAUCAUCCGCUCGCUGGUGGAAAGGUUCAAUGCGGACGUGAACGUGCUACAUAGUCCCGUCGAGUGUUCCCGGUCCAGUGGCAAACGCUCUCCCCUUCAUGUCCUUGCUAGAGGUCAUAGCUGGUGGAAUAAAGGCGCAGUGGAGUACUUGUUGGAGAUGGGCGCCGAUCCGAAUGUGAAGAACGAGGAUGAAGACUCUCCGCUGCAAGUUGCCAUCCUAAAUAUAGCCAAAGAUUCGUCCAUCAGCAAACACAUCAUCAAGUCGUUGCUGAAUAAUGGAGCCAAUCCAAAUCAGACAAACAAAAAAGGGCUUGCUCCGUUGGACAGGAGGAUUGAAGACCCCGAAGUAAUUGACCUGUUGGUCCAAGCGGGAGGCAAGCCAAAUUGCCCUGAUCGGACGGGUGAUCUUCUUUCGGCGAUCAAGAGGAAAGACGUGGCUGAGAUUCAAGCCAUUCUCGCAAAUGGUCAAGACUGCAACAGACUCUACCCCGAAGAUUCCGGUUUGAAUAAGUCGGGAUCCAGACUCCGUCGUUGGUAUCCCCUGGAAGAGGCCACGCUCGGUGUGCAUCGUGACCUUCAACCUCAAAUUUCCAUGCUGAAGCUUUUACUUGGGCAUGGUGCGAACCCAUUUCAACUAAGGAGCUCUGAACGUGAAUUAGACAAGGAAACUACGAUUCUUCAUUAUCUCAUACGCCAAAACAACUAUCGUGAGAUUUGCAAUCUUUUCCUCGACCUUGAAGGGAUAGAUAUUGAGGCGCGGGAUCCUCAGGGAGAUACCUUAUUUCUUGCAGCUGCUAGACAUACUCCGCGGCGUUUAUCGAUGCUGGCAAAGUCAGACAUGCCCAAAAGGUUGCGAUGCAUGGAGCUCUACGAAAGAGGGGCUGACAUUCGCGCGGUGAACAAUGAGGAAGAGACUAUUCUACACAUUCUGAUGGAAAGUGGUAUUGAUGGUUAUGGUGAUGAGGACAUCAAACGAGAGACUUUGUCCUUCUUCGUCACUAAAUGUCCAGAUUUUGUUAACAAACGAAACAAGAGUGGAUUUACUCCGUUUCAACUGGUCCCUAGACGACAGCGCGGAUGGGCCUGGGAAAUUCUUUUGAGCGCUGGCGCAGACCCGCUCAUGAGUUUUCCGAACGAAAAGACAGCUCUACAUGCGACUAUGGCCAUAUUCAAAGACUGGUCCAAGUGGGUCAAGAGAUUCGUUGAAAUGGGCGGUGACAUUAAUUCUAGAGAUGGAAAUGGCGAGACACCUAUUUUCACUUGGGUAAGAAAUGCCAAGGCGAUUUUGGAAGAGGGUAAAGAGGAUCGAAACCUGAGCGAGUCAGAGAAAGCCAAGGCGCUUCAGGAUACUGUCAGAUUUUUUGAGGAAAUUGGUAGCGAUUUGCACGUUGUGAAUAAUGGAGGAGAGAAUCUGCUACACGCCCUAGCACUCAGAGAUCUCUCAUCACGUUGUUCUUCUGGUAACUACGCCUCAAACCUGAUGAUUUUCCAGAUUUUUGUUCGGCAUGGAUUGGACCCGUUGACCCAGAAUAAACAGGGUCGGUCUGCGUUGGUAAGUUGUUUCAUUGCAAUGUACUUCUAG